AUGUUAUUAUUUAUUUACAAUAUUUAAACGUUCACAGUUGAACAUCAGUAACAUCGAAACACAAAUCUUUUUAAACUCGAUCUGUUUAAUAUCCAACAGUUAUUGACUACUUUUAUCAGUUUUUAUAUCAUUCCCCGUCUGUGAGUAGCUAAAAUGCCGCAAGGACGACGAAAAAUGCCGUUUAGCGGCAAAGCAAAAAAAGAGCAAAUGAAGGCCCGAAAAGAGAAAAGGAUGGUCGGGGGGCGCAAAGUACCGUUUCUGCAAAGGGCGGGGGGCGACAGCGACGCCGAAGAGUCCGCCGGCUCCUCCAUUCAGAAGCUAAAUUAUCAGCCGAUUAAAGGCAGAGGUUCCAGACCUAACCGUUAUGCACUCCAAUUUUUUAAGGAGUCCAAUGAGGAGAUCAAGCUGAAAAAGGAACAGGCUAGACAUAGUUUGAAACCAGUGAAAGAAACGGACCUGGAGAUCGAUGGAAGUGAUUUUUUUGAAGAAAAACUUGAGUUCCCCAAGAGACCUCCGUGGAACUUUAAUUUAACUAAAGAAGAACUAGAUGGCCAAGAAAACCGAUACUUUCAUGAAUACCUAAAAAACAUUGAGGAUAAUUAUGAUGUGAAACAGUUAAGCUACUUUGAACUAAAUUUAGAAACCUGGAGGCAACUGUGGAGGGUAUUAGAAAUGUCUGACAUAAUCCUCUUUAUAGUUGACAUUCGUUAUGCGGGAGCAAUGUUUCCCCCUUCAUUAUACAAAUAUGUCACACAAGACCUUGGGAAAGAUUUUAUAUUGUUAUUAAAUAAAAUUGAUUUGGCCCCAGCGCCCUUAGUAGUUGCAUGGAAACAUUACUUUGAGGAAAAGUAUCCACUAUUAAAAAUAUGUAUGUUCACCAGCCUACCGGGGUAUAACUUGAUAGGGCAAAAGUUGGACAAAGGAGGAUUACAAGUGAGGCGCCGUAAGGGAAGAAUCCGUAUGGCUGCUGAAGGAACACAAAAACUGGUAGAAGCAUGUGACUGUUUGGUGGGUGAUAAGGUAGAUCUCACUUCUUGGAAAAAUAAAAUUAAAGAAGAGAUUCAGGAAUGUUUUGCAGAUGAAGCUGUAGAAAUAAAAGAGUUGCUACACACAAAAAAUGAGACAGAGUAUUACCACUAUGAAAAAUAUCAGGGUGGAGUUUUGACCAUUGGUUGCAUAGGGCAGCCAAAUGUGGGCAAGUCCUCUUUAAUGAAUGCCAUCAUGGGUAAGAAAGUGGUCAGUGUUUCCAAGACUCCUGGACACACCAAACAUUUCCAAACCAUCUUUCUAACAAAUAAUGUGAGGUUAUGUGACUGUCCAGGCUUAGUGUUUCCUUCUAAAGUUCCAAAACCUUUACAAGUUCUUAUGGGAAGUUUUCCCAUAGCCCAACUAAGAGAACCGUACACCACCAUUAGAUAUUUGGCUGAACGACUGGACAUGCCUAUGCUACUAAGGAUCCAACAUCCCGACAAUGACGAAACAUGGUCUGCCAUGGAUAUUUGUGACGGUUGGGCUAAGAAAAGGGGCUAUUUAACAGCCAAAGCUGCCAGGUUGGAUUCUUACAGGGCAGCCAACAGUUUACUUAGAAUGGCUCUGGAUGGAAAGAUUUGCUUGUGUUUAAGACCACCCGGAUACACUAAGGAGAAAACAUUCUGGCUGCACCAUCCAGAUAUUGAAACAGUAAAGUGGAUCCAGGCUUUAACGGAUGGAGAUGAGGAGGCACACUUAGAAGAAGCUUUAGGGUUUGAUAGUGAUCAUUCGUCCAAUGACGAGGGUGUCGAUGAGGAGGCACAUGAUGGAGAAGAAGGUUCCAAUGAAGAUUCCAUCGCUAAUGAUGAUGAUGGUGAGGAUAGUGUCGAUGAUAUGGCAGUAGUUGCCAACAAGUUUGCUGCUUUAGGUGACUGUAACUAAUUUAUUAUUUUUUUGAGUAGGUACGUAUGUUGCUUAUGCAGAGGCCUUAAUAAAUGUUUUUUUGAGAA